CACGUUCAAAGGGUGUUAAACCUUCUGAAUGUCAGGAUCCUUAAUAGCUCUGACGUUUCCUCUAAAUGUCUCAUUUUAAAAUAACUUCUGCCUCAGUUUAGCUCUGGUUUAGAAGAACAAAGAGAUGUGGAGCCAUCAACACAUCAUCGUCUGCACAGCUCUGAGUUUUGUGAUCAGUGCUGAAGGUUUGAUCCAAGUGUUUGGAUAUGAGGGAAGAGAUGUAAAGUUUUCAUGUCACUAUGAUCAGGGAUAUAAGGAUAGUGAAAAAUACUUUUGUAAGAAUCACUGUGGCUCCAGUGACGUUCUCAUUACAACAAAACAGAAAAAUAAAGGCAAAUAUUCCAUCACUGAUGAUAAAAAUAACAGAAUCGUCACAGUGACCAUCUCUGAUCUUCAAUCACGUGAUGCUGGGAAAUACAAGUGUGGAGUCACUAGGUGGUUUAUUGACACCUACAGUGAAGUAAAACUGCACAUAAAAGAAGACAGAUGUUGCAACACGGUGAAUAAAACCCAAAGUAUUGAGGAAGGUUCAGUGACCAUCAGCUGUCCGUACGACUCUCAGUCUGUCAACAAGCUGAAGUUCCUCUGCAGAGGAAACCGGCCCUCCACAUGUCGACAGCAGGCAGUGAUCAACUCUAGCAACACACAAAAUGGACGAUUCAGACUCUCUGAUGACAGGAAGUCAAAAAUAUUCACAGUGACCAUUUCCAGUCUGAACCUGAAGGAUUCUGGGUCGUAUCUUUGUGGAGUCCAGAGAAACUCAGGAUUUGAUGUUUUCUCUGCUGUUGAACUGAAGGUCAAAGCAAAAUUGUUCUGUCUGGAGUCGUACCACAUCAGUGGCAUUGAGGGACGUCCAGUAACUCUGCAGUGUCCUAAUUCAGGACAACAUGAUAACAAGAAGUUCCUCUGUAAAGGAGACCAACACAACAACUGUACAGACAUGAUGGAGAACCAAACAAAGUUCAAGCUGCUCAAUGUCUCCUCCAUCUGUUUCUCUGUGAUCAUCACUGAACUGGAAGCAGCUGAUGCAGGAACAUACUACUGUGGUUCAGACUCUCAGCUGAGAUUCAUAAAGAUACAGCUGGCAGUCGUCUCUCCAAAUAAAACCAGCUCUGUGGCUCCAACCAGCUCUGCUGAACAGGUUACAUCACAGCCAUCAUCACAUAAAUCUGAUGUUUCUUUAUUCUACAUUCUGCCUGCGGUCUUCGCUCUGCUUCUGAUCCUGACAUUUGUCCUUUUGCUGGUUUUAAAAUACAAAUCAAGGAUCAAGCAAGUGGAUGGAAUCAAUGGAAACGUGUUGAACUCUGCUGAUAGUAAUGUGGAGAUGAGAAUCAAUGAUGUCUAUGAUUUACAAGAGGAUGUUGUUUACAUGAACUCUUCCACUCCAAACAUUUUGAAUCAUGAUAACAAUGAUAUCUACAACAACAUCCUUUAAAGGAGACCAGCAGAAGUUAGGAACCACGUGACCAAUGUUUCUAACAUCUUGUGUGUGAUGAUGGCCCCCUGCCUGCUGUUUUGCAAUGUCGCCUGUUAAUUUUCAUUCAAUAAGGGUCUUGGAGUUGUUAGUCGCUUAUAAUCACUUGUCCACCUGAAUCAUGUAUCCAGGGGCCUGGAUGACCAUUCAUGGACAUCCAGGCCCAGAAGCAGAGAGAGCUAGAGGUCAGAUCGAGAGGCGGAGCCGGGAACCAGAAGGUGUGGGGUGCUUCAGUCGCUUGACACGAUGUGGGAACCAGUUCGUGGUUCGGAUGGACCACAUGUGGAGGCGUCGCUUGACCAGACCUGGGAGCAGAGGCUGAGGCCUGUGGGGGCAAACCAGUCCAUGACUGAGGGAGAUCUGCACCAGGCGGAGGACCAGGCCGAAGGGAACACACGCCGGUGUAGCGGUUCUUGGGCUGCUGCCCACUAAAUCUAGACAAUCAUUUUAAUAAUAAAUGCCACUGAAGGGCUUAAAAUGGU